AUGGAGAAGAUUACCUUGGUUUUGCAGAGAGUUCUUUUGGCACCAAAGGAGGAAGGGCAACGUCAUAGUAUUUUUCGUUCCCUCUGUUCAAUCAAAAACAAGGUGUGUGAUGUGAUCGUCGACAAUGGAAGUUGCGAGAAUUUCGUGUCAAAGAAAUUGGUGGAGUAUUUGCAGCUAUCUACGGAGCCUCAUGUCAGCCCUUACUCACUAGGUUGGGUUAAAAAAGGCCCUUCGGUUCGUGUAGCUGAGACUUGCCGAGUGCCACUGUCAAUUGGUAAGCAUUACAGAGAUGAAAUAUUAAGUGAUGUUAUUGACAUGGAUGCAUGCCAUAUUUUGUUAGGGCGACCUUGGCAAUUUGAUGUGGAUGCAACUUUCAAGGGACGAGAUAAUGUAAUUCUGUUCUCUUGGAACAACCGGAAAAUUGCAAUGGCAACCACACAGCCCGCAAAGCAAUCUGUUGAGCCCAAGACGAGGAGUUCUAGUUUCCUAACCCUAAUUCGCAGCGAGCAGGAGUUGAACGAGGCUGUCAAAGAAGCGGAGUGUUUUUGUCCCUUGGUGUUGAAGGGGUUGUUGAAAAUUGGCGGAGGAGAAGGUGACAUUCCACAAGAUGUGCAGCAGAUUUUGAAUCAAUUUCAGGAACUACUUUCUGAAAAUCUGCCAAACGAGCUGCCUCCUAUGCGGGACAUACAGCACCGAAUUGACUUGGUGCCUGGAGCUAGCCUUCCGAAUCUGCCCCAUUAUCGGAUGAGCCCCAAGGAGAAUGACAUCCUGAGAGAACAGAUUGAAGAAUUACUGCGGAAAGGAUUUAUCUGGGAGAGUUUGAGUCCCUGCGCAGUUCCUGUUUUGCUGGUUCCAAAGAAAGACAAAACUUGGCGAAUGUGUGUUGAUAGCCGGGCAAUCAACAAGAUAACAGUCAAGUACAGGUUUCCCAUUCCACGGUUAGAAGAUAUGCUGGACGUUCUUGGCGGCUCAAGGGUGUUUUCCAAGAUAGAUUUGCGAAGCGGAUACCACCAGAUUCGCAUACGACCUGGAGACGAAUGGAAAACAGCGUUCAAGAGCAAGGACGGAUUAUUUGAAUGGUUGGUGAUGCCAUUCGGAUUGUCAAAUGCACCUAGCACUUUCAUGCGACUCAUGAAUCAGGUUCUUCGACCAUUUAUUGGUUCUUUUGUCGUUGUUUAUUUCGAUGACAUUUUAAUUUACAGUACCACAAAAGAAGAACAUCUUGUGCAUUUGAGACAAGUUUUAGAUGUGUUGAGAGAAAAUAAGCUGUAUGUGAACCUUAAAAAAUGUACUUUCUGCACAAAUAAGCUACUGUUCUUGGGUUUUGUUGUUGGUGAGAAUGGUAUCCAGGUAGAUGACGAGAAGAUCAAGGCAAUCCUUGACUGGCCAGCUCCAAAGACAGUUUCUGAAGUUCGAAGCUUCCAUGGCUUGGCCACCUUUUACAGAAGAUUUGUGAAACAUUUUAGCACCGUUGCUGCACCUAUCACAGAAUGUUUGAAGAAGGGCCGGUUCAGCUGGGGAGAGGAGCAAGAGAGAAGCUUUGCAGAAAUAAAAGAAAAGCUUUGCACCGCACCGGUUCUAGCUCUUCCAAACUUUGAGAAAGUUUUCGAAGUUGAAUGUGAUGCCAGCGGUGUGGGAGUCGGAGCUGUGCUCUCACAAGACAAGCGGCCAAUUGCGUUCUUUUCUGAAAAGUUGAGCGAUGCACGUCAAAAGUGGAGUACUUAUGACCAAGAGUUCUAUGCGGUUGUUCGAGCUUUGAAGCAAUGGGAGCACUAUCUUAUCCAGAAGGAAUUUGUUUUGUUUACAGAUCAUCAAGCGUUGAAGUAUAUUAACAGCCAGAAAAAUAUUGAUAAAAUGCAUGCUAGAUGGAUGACUUUUUUGCAGAAAUUUUCGUUCGUUAUCAAGCAUACUUCCGGCAAGACCAAUCGUGUGGCAGAUGCGCUGAGUAGGAGAGCUUCAUUAUUAGUCACGCUGACUCAAGAAGUUGUGGGGUUUGAAUGUCUGAAGGAAUUAUAUGCAGGUGACGAUGAUUUUCGGGAAAUUUGGAUUAAGUGCACUAAUCAAGAGCCAAUGGCAGAUUACUUUCUCAAUGAAGGUUAUUUGUUCAAAGGCAACCAGUUGUGUAUUCCAGUUUCUUCUUUAAGGGAGAAGCUCAUUCGGGACUUGCAUGGUGGAGGGUUGAGUGGCCACCUAGGCCGUGACAAAACAAUUGCAUUGAUGGAGGAGGGAUUUUACUGGCCACAGCUCAAACGUGAUGUUGGAACUAUUGUGCGCAAGUGCUACAUUUGUCAAACUUCGAAGGGGCAGGUACAAAACACUGGAUUAUAUAUGCCAUUACCAGUUCCUAACGAUAUUUGGCAGGAUCUUGCUAUGGAUUUUGUCCUCGGAUUGCCCCGAACACAAAGGGGAGUGGACUCUGUAUUUGUGGUGGUUGAUCGGUUCUCAAAAAUGGCGCAUUUCAUAGCCUGCAAAAAGACUGCCGAUGCAUCAAAUAUAGCCAAACUGUUUUUCAGGGAGGUUGUUCGCUUGCAUGGGGUUCCUACAUCCAUUACAUCUGAUCGUGACACCAAGUUCUUGAGUCAUUUUUGGAUCACUUUGUGGAGACUGUUUGGGACUACUUUGAAUCGUAACAGCACUGCCCAUCCCCAAACUGAUGGCCAGACUGAGGUUACAAACCGAACAUUGGGCAAUAUGGUGCGAAGCGUCUGUGGAGAGAAGCCGAAACAAUGGGAUUAUGCAUUACCGCAGGUGGAGUUUGCAUACAACAGUGCAGUCCAUAGCGCUACUGGGAAGUCUCCAUUUUCCAUUGUUUAUACUGCUAUACCUAACCAUGUUGUAGAUUUGGUGAAACUGCCUAGAGGCAAGCAAACCAGUAUGGCAGCGAAAAAUUUGGUUGAGGAAGUGGUAGCCGUUCGAGAUGAGGUCAAGCAGAAACUUGAGCAAACAAAUGCUAAGUACAAAGCUGCUGCUGAUAGGCAUCGACGUGUUAAAGUGUUUCAAGAAGGCGAUUCUGUGAUGAUAUUUCUGAGGAAGGAGAGGUUUCCAGUUGGCACUUACAGCAAGCUUAAACCGAAGAAAUAUGGUCCUUACAAAGUGCUCAAACGGAUCAAUGAUAAUGCCUAUGUUAUUGAGUUACCGGAUUCCAUGGGAAUUUCCAAUAUUUUUAAUGUUGCAGAUUUAUAUGAAUUCCGUGAAGAUGAGGUUCUUUAUCCAGAUCAUAACUCGGGGUCGAGUUCUUCGGAGGUGGAGAGGACUGAUGUAGAACAGAUGGCAGAUUUUAUCGCGGUUGAGCAAGAAAAGGGACGUGGUGGGAAUUUGCAGAAUUUCGUUCGAGCUCCGAUUAGGAAGCAAAAUACCAUUUCGGAAAGGGAACGAUGCCACGAGUCAAACUCACAGCUUUGCUGUGAUGUACGAUGGAUUUUGGCAUUCUGGAGUCGUUUGGCCUUUCAAAACUGCAUUCAAAGUUCGAAGUUAAUUCCAAAUAAAUUCUGUUUUUCCGUUUCGGAGUUACAUAGUUAA